UACCGCGGCGCUCGCUCCGCACUCACCGCCGCGCCUGCAUCGCCUCGUCGACAAACUUUUCCGACGUAGCGCUACGCCGUGCUACGACACCGCGUGACGUUCGUAACGCACUAAUAUACAGUGCUUCUCUCUGUGCUGUGAAACCCUUUAUUUCUAAAUAGUGAAGUCGUGUUAAAAAAUUAAACUUUAGUGCGCGAUGUGGAGACGACACAUUUUGUAGCGAUGUCGGCCCUAGUCCGACCUGUUUGGACGGCGCCGUUGAACACACAGUCGUCGCUGUCGCACAUUAACAAAAGAAGGUUGGAGUUUGGCGUGGAUGUUGAAACGUUCAGACUGAACAACAGGCGAUACGAACACCCCGAUAGCGAAGGCUCCAUGGAUGAAGACGAAAUAUUGGGCAAGCGAAGACGACGUCUCCUUGAUGAUGAACGACGCGAAGAACUCGAUGCCCGCCGCCGUCUUAUACACACACCCCUUAGGCCUCCAGCAUCUAAACAAUCAGAAGAAGAUGAUGAAACACUCAUCCUGGAGACGCAAGCUGCUUUAAACACACUUUCGGGCAGUUGGCCUCGAGAUCACUGCUCCACAAAUAGUGCCGACGACAAUGAUGAUGCUAAUGGUUUUGAAAAUCUUUUUAGUGAUAAAUGUUCUGAUAAAAUGCUACCGUCUUCCCCUUCGCCGUCUUCCGAAAGUGCUGACGGUUCACAAAGAAGUUUUAGUUUACAUCUCCAAACUGAUGAUCAUAACACAAACGGUACCUGCAGUGAUAAUGAAGAAAGAACUAUAAAAUCCCCGAGAUCUGAGAGAGAGAGAAGUAAUGAAGAUUAUGAUAAACAUUCUAAUAAUUACGACACCCCAAACUUCGAUGAACUCGUCGAUUCGUCUUCCAAUGACUUAGAAAUAGAUAUAUCAGAUCGUAAUGAUGAUAAAUAUGACGACGAAAGAGAUUCUAAGCAGAAACGAAAAACCGAAAUUGUUUCUGUAAAUAAGCAAUCAUUGUACAAUGCGUACAAAGCUGCCACAGCAGCAUUACCGUAUUCUACACAAUCUGCUUUUAAACCACCAGCCGAGGUUAAACAUAGAAUUCACGGAGUUACACUACCAAGUGAGCCUUUUGGAGGAUACUCCAACGAUCAUGAAAAGAGUUCAGUUCAUAAAGGUUCAAAGCAAUACACCGUACUACAACCAGCGGGAGCCGGGUCACGCGCUGCUACAGCACUUCAAGAAGCUCGGACAGUGCCUUCGGCCCAGCCAUUGCGAGAUUCACGACCUCUCGCCGCACUCUCCCCACCGGUCGCCAGAGAAGGCAACAAGUGUCCCACUCCCGGUUGCAAUGGGCAGGGCCACGUCACCGGCCUUUACACGCAUCACAGGAGUCUGUCAGGAUGCCCAAGAAAGGAUAAAGUCACACCGGAGAUAUUGGCGUUGCACGAGACGAUCUUGAAGUGCCCCACGCCGGGGUGCAACGGUCGCGGUCACGUCAGCUCCAACCGCAGCACACACCGCUCGCUCUCCGGCUGCCCUACGGCUGCUGCUAGGAAAGCAGCGGCCAGGUCACAAAGAGCCCGGCCCACAGUGCCUCCACAAACUCCGAUCACAAUAACCAGCGAACAAACGGUGAACGUCCGCGAACGCGAGCAGGCGGCGUCGCCGCGUAGUCCCGCGGUGAAACGAGAAGCGCCCGAGCUGCUGGUCCCGAAGCGAGAGGCCGCCGAGCCCGAGCGCGACUCUCCCGGGAUGGAGACGCGCCACGCCGGCUACGGCGCGCCGCCAGACCAGAGAUCACCAUACGAGCGGCCACUAGAUGACCACGUCCGCUCUUACAGUCAAAUGAACGAAGCGCGAUACGGGUAUGAAUCCCGAUGCUACGAAGGCGCUCCAGCCUUCGAGCGAUACGAUCCAGCGCAAUGUCCACAACGCUCAUAUGGCUGGGAGGAAGAACGGUACCACGACCCACACUUACCCACGCCAAUGAAAACAGACCAGUCCGAACAGGAGGCCAGUUCCGGACCAAUUUAUCCUAGACCAAUGUACCACUACGAAACAAGUAGCGGAGUAGGUGCAGUGGGCAGCGUCGGCGCAAUGGGGCCCGGUGUGCCCCCUGGCUUCUCCGCCAUCAACCUCUCGGUGAAGAUAGCGGCGGCUCAAGCGCAACGGCCGCGCAGCCCUACGCCAAGAGAUCCUAGAGAUCCCCGUCCAGCCAUAGAUCUCUCCACGUCUAGUGGUAGUCCACAGGGUCCAUAUGCGUCACCGGUUUACACGAGCGCCGGUGGCGGCAGCGGGGGCGGAGCCCGAGGCAGUCCACAGCCGGGCGCUUCGCCCCAGCUCACCGCCAGUCCACAGGUGCCCAGUCCGCAGGGCCAGACCCUCGACCUUAGUGUGUCACGUUUACCACAUAGUCGCAGUUUCCCCGGGGGUGUAUCUUACAGUCGAGAAUCAACGCCAGACAGCGGUGGCAGUCAUCCAUACCUAGAAGCCUAUCACCGGGACGCAGCCGGUUACGGUGGCGUCAGUCCUCACCCCGUAGCGGGCUACGGCCUUGGGCAACCGGAUUAUGCAGCGGCAGCAGCAGCGGCGGGCUAUGGAGGUUACCAAUACCAGUGCGGUGCGUACCCGCCGCCCGCGUACCCGCCGCACGCGCCGCCCUACUCACCGCCCUGUUACAUGCCGCCGCCGCAUGCCCCACACGACAAACCUAAGGAUAGCAGUUUGUAUAUGUGCAGCCUAUCGGGAUGUCCGCGCGCCGACCGCUCUCAACUCCAGCCACACUCGCAAGAGCUGAAGUGUCCAACGCCAGGGUGCGACGGCUCCGGACACGUGACCGGCAACUACUCAUCGCACCGGUCGCUGUCUGGUUGUCCGCGAGCCAACAAGCCGAAGAGCAAACCACGAGAUGGCCAGGAUUCUGAACCUCUCAGAUGCCCAAUACCGGGCUGUGAUGGCUCUGGACACGCUACAGGGAAAUUCUUAUCGCAUCGAAGUGCCUCUGGAUGCCCGAUUGCGAACCGCAACAAGAUGAGAGUGCUGGAAAGCGGUGGAACCGUAGAACAGCACAAGGCUGCUGUGGCAGCAGCGGCGUCAGCCAUAAAGUUUGACGGCGUGAACUGCCCGACGCCCGGGUGUGACGGUUCGGGCCACAUAAAUGGCUCCUUCCUCACACAUAGGUCCCUGUCAGGCUGUCCAGUAGCUGGCGCCGCGACUCCUACACCUCAACCAAAGAAACCCAAAUAUCCUGAUGAUAUAACGCCUCUGUACCCCAAACCGUAUUCAGGUAUGGAAAUGAAUAUGCAAACUGGAAACGGAGAAGACUUGAUGACUCUUGAACAAGAAAUAACAGAGUUGCAACGCGAGAACGCUCGAGUUGAGUCCCAGAUGAUUCGUUUGAAGUCAGAUAUCAACGCGAUGGAGACGCACUUAAACCAUGGAGAAAGGGAGCAGCAGUUAAUAUCGCAGCGGAACAAUAACUUAAACGAGUACUACGAGAGUCUUCGAAACAACGUGAUCACGCUGCUGGAGCAUGUGCGUAUCCCUGGCGGCGCCGGUGGUGCAGGCGGUGCCGGGGGCGCAGUGCCGGUGACGAGCGCUGGUCCCCCGGGAGCAGCGCCGCCGCCCGGGCCCGGCGAGAAGCCCGCCCAUGACAACUUCGACUCCUAUCUCACCAAACUGCAGACCCUCUGCUCUCCCGACGGAUACUGCCCCGACGAAAAUCGCCCUAUCUACGAAACGGUUAAAAGCGCGCUUCAAGACUUCACAGUGCUACCGACUCCCAUUUAAGGUUCACAAAGCGCCGCCGAUACUGAACGACAGUGAACUGUGUUGAGACGUCGCGGUUGCGAUCGGCGGAGCUUGAGAUUCUCACGGUGGAUUUAGUGCAAUUCGUGUGUUUAGUGACAAUGUGUGAUUAAAUUUGUCCCAAAGCUAUUUACCAAAGAUUGACUAUUUGACUUAUCGAGGCGAUUUUACAAUUUAACUGUACGACAUAGAACCCAUGUCGCGAUGCCAUCGAGAUGUUGUGUUCUAUUAAUAGGCAACCGAUGUCUGUUUAUAAACCGUUGUAUACGAUGUGUGACUUCUUUAUGACAUCACGUCAGCACUUGAAGAUUCGUUCAACUUUUAAUAUAUAAGAUGGACUUAAAUAUAGACGUAAAUAAAUUUUAAACACUGUUACUCGUAUGCUUAAAAUUAAACUACCUAAUUGUUAGGGGAGAAGUUUAUACUAUUGUACGUAAGCGAUUUAGCCCCACAAACGCGUUAAUUCGGCUAUGUAAAUAUUGUAUUUAAGUACAUCACGAUAUAAAUAAAAAACGGUAUGAAAGUAUCGUUAAAGUGGUUACGAUAUUAGUGAAAUUACGAAUUCGUACAGGCCCAGAUUUUUAUGAAACCAAAUAAUUUUAAUAGCGUGUAAGAUAAAAUUUAUCAGUCAUUAAGUUCUCACACAUACUGGGAUUGUGCCAAACGCUUCACAGCAGCCUCCCUCGCAGACUCGCUCGCUGGUGUAUUAAGACUAAAGUAUUGACAUAGAAAAUAAUGAAUGAUGUAAACAAGAUUAAUAAGCUCCUUCUAGUCAGUUUUGUAUAUAAUUGUGAAUAAUAGUUGUCGCGUCAUAGGGACGUUUUUAUUUGUAUUAGUAAAUAUGAGAUCUCAUUAGAUCGAGUAAGUUAAUAAUUCACUCAUUAAUUGAUAACCAAUUUUAGGGGAUAAACUAAAACUUUCUUUGUUAGCCAAUGUUCACUUUGCUGUGAUUAUGUUACAUGUUAUUAAUUAUUUAUUGUUACCUUUACGAAUUGUGAUAGCUUAAUUAAUGAAGUUGAAUGUUAAUUUGCCUUAUUUUCAGUUUCGACAGCACUCAUCGUGCGAACAUUGUGCAAUCAUUGUUUUGUAAAUUAUCAGAACAUAUUUGUUUGUCAUAUGGAUUUGUAAUUUAAUUUUACAUCAGUACACAGAAAAGAAUUAUAUUCGCAUUUAAAAACUAAAUCCUAUUAAUAUGUUACUACUUACUCUGAUUGUCAUAUACGUUUCUGUAAAAUAUUGAGUAUGUGUUGUUAA